AGAAGAUUAUCAUUUUUCUUGGGAGAAUGUCGCAUAUGUAUACUGUAUUUGAGCAUAUAGAACAUAUUCUCGAUAGAAGGAUUAUAGAUGGUUCAUUGGACCUAGGGCGUGCUAGGUAGCUCCUCAACUUGUCCCUUCUCUGUUUCGCCCUUUUUCUUCCAAGCUCCAACUCUAUGUUGGGUUAGUGCUGAAAGCUGAUUGCCGGGGACUUCGAGUGGUUAAGAUUGAAAGUGACUACGAACAAACCAACGAACCAACGGACAAACGGAACCAAACUUCCUAUGUACUAUAUAUAAUUUCAACAAAGCUUCUUUCCCAAUUGAUUAUUCCAUCUUCCCCACUUCUUCAAUUCAUUCAUCACCAUCUUCUUGUACAACCCUUCUCUAGCUUAUCUGAGUACCUGAGCUGAGCUCAAUCAGCAACUGCCGACCAAGCUACAAAUCUGGAGUGGAGGAAAGGGAAAGCGAAUCCAAUUGCGAGCAACUUGAGAGCCAGGCUGCGGCUGAAGCCUAUGCCCUUGAUGAACGUGUUUCAUGAUGGUGAUGGCUUCCCCAGGAUCGUUCUCGCCGACCCUUCUGGCUCAUCAGCUGAGGUGCUUCUGUAUGGGGGGCAGGUUGUCUCAUGGAAGAAUGAAAGGAGAGAAGAACUACUCUUUAUGAGCAGCAAGGCCAUAUGGAAGCCACCUAAGGCCAUCAGAGGGGGACUACCAGUCUUCUUUCCUCAGUUUGGAAAUCUUGGUACUUCGGAGAGAAAUGGAUUUGCUAGGAAUAGAUUCUGGACGAUAGACAGUGAUCCUUCACCUUUGCCUCCAUCGAACAACCAUUCAUCGGUCGAUCUUUUGUUGAAGUCCACAGAUGAGGACCUGAAGAUCUGGCCUCGGAGCUUUGAGUUGCGGCUUCGUGUCUCCCUUAGUGCUGGGAAGCUCACUUUGAUACCUCGCGUGAGAAACACAGAUACCAAACCUUUCUCUUUCACAUUUGCUCUCCGAAACUAUUUAUCUGUAUCAGAUAUCAGUGAAGUGCGUGUUGAAGGCUUGGAGACACUUGACUACUUAGACAAUCUUAUGAGGCGAGAGAGGUUUACUGAACAGGCAGAUGCAAUCACUUUUGAUGGCGAGGUUGACAGAAUAUAUUUGAGCUCUCCACCGAAGAUCGCCAUUAUAGACCAUGAGAAAAAGAGAACUUUUGUGCUGCGCAAGGAUGGGAUGCCUGAUGCAGGUAACUUUGAAAUGUUCUCUUCAUUUUUUGUGGGGAUUUGAGAUCCUAAUAAUGAGGCAUUUGUUUUUCUACCAUCAGGUAUGUGGAAUCCUUGGGACAAAAGGGCCAAAACAGUGCCUGAUUUGGGAUACGAGGACUACAAAACCAUGUUGUGUGUGGAUUCUGCUGUCACUGAAACCCCAAUCGUCCUAAAACCUUUAGAAGAAUGGAAAGGCUACCAGGAGCUCUCUACUGUUUCAUCAAGUUAUUGCAGUGGGCAAUUAGAUCCUCGAAAGGUUCUUUACGGUUUCUGAUGAACUUGAUCAGUUCACGUAGUGUGGAUAAGUAAGAUUAUUGACUCAACAACCUUUCUCCCAAUAAGUUAUACAUGCUACUAGUAGAAAAGCAAUCAAAUUUAGGGAUCUGGUGUUGCAGUGAGUCAAUUCCACAUUGUUGAGCAACAAGAUAUUUGUAUGUUGCCUCUUUGUGAUGAUAUGAUAUUAUCAAUAUGUAUGAGAUGUAGUUAGCUAGAGCGAGCCUCGACAUCUGAUUGGACGAAUUGCAGUUGAUUCUUAUCACACUUGUCAUUGUCAUGGCUAAAGAUCAAGUUACACUUGGUAACAUAGAAUGAAACAGGAAAGUUUGAUUGAUUGUCAUGAUGCCCUUGUGUUAUUGAGCAGCUAGCUACACCAGCUUCUUAUUAUUGAUUGUCUUGGUACGAGUUUGAUGGAGGUUUCUAGGUGUUUUAGAACAUAGAAAGCAAUUGCAUCCCAAACUUCUCCUUGGCUUCCUUGUCUAAUGGAUCAUCUCCCAAAUACAUGUUAACAUAUGCCCUGCAUAGAAGCUCGCUCUCAACUUUGCUGAUGACCUCAUCCACCACUGCACACAUCAAACACAAAAUUGUUCAGUGCUUCCAGUCUAUUUUUUCCAGAAUCCAUUGCAUUUGUGUUAUGCUAUAAGUAAGACUCCACCUUUGGUUUGGAGUACAUUCCCUGGUAGCCGGGAGAUCUCAAUCACAGAGCCACUCGACAGCUUGAUUCCAUCAGAAGCUGCACCCAUCACCUUGUUGGCGAGAUCAUCGUUCUUCUUCCCUCCAGUGAGCUUCUUGAUAGAUGCUCCGAGACCUUCAUCAAAGUUCUUCUUGACCAUGUUCAUGGUCAGCGAAGAGAACACAAUCACCAGCCUCACUGUCAUGGCUGAAUCACUGUCGAUCACCGCCUGGUACAUUUCCUUGGUUAGUUUAGUGGAUUCCUUGCUAUCAAUCUUUGUCUUGAGAUUCUCUUUCAGCUUCUCCUUGUCAUAAUACAUCCCUAAGCCGUAGAUCUUGAUCCCCAUGCCAAGCAUGGAUUUCUUCCUCAAACCAACGGUCAUCAGUUCCUUCCCAUCAGUCAGCUUGACCGGGAACGAAACCCCAGUUUUCGGCUCUACUUCAACUGCAACUUCUUCUGCUGCUGCUGCUGCUGCAACUUCCUCUUGUUUCUUGGCUUGAUCAAGAGUCUCGGCUGCCACCUUCGUUUCAUCCUUGAGUUGCAUCCCAUUGAGCUUCUCCUCCAAUGGAGGAGUUGUGUGCUGAUUAUCAACAUUGACAAUGUUCUCAGCAAUGGCUGCCAUUUCUUUUGCUACCUAACUAGCCUUGUGGGAAGAUAUUGAGAGAAGUAGAGUUGAGCUGUAGAAAUAUGUUGCUUUAGUUGGUGAUGGAAUAAGAAAUGGCUAUUGGUUUAUAUAGCGAGAUGGGUAGUGAAUGACCAAAAGGAAGCAUUAAAAGCAUUUUUGCCACCAACAGAUUGGCCCUGCCUUAAUAGUCGGUGCAUGUUCUUUUCUUUGGUUUAAGUCAAUAUAAAGGACAUUACUACCUUCGUUAUUUGGGGGUCUUAGACUCUUAGAGUAACGUGAUCAACUCAAAAUGUGAC